AUGAACGACCCAAGUAACUAUCAUUGGACUGAAGAUCUUUGCACAAAUGAAGGUUUAGCCUUACUCUCGGCCGAUCUUGCUAAACAACAAAUCGGCCUGAAAGAUAAAAAUUCAGCUAUCUACAAAAAACAACGAAUGGGCAAACAAACCAUCAGUUUUGAUCUAACUUUAGAUCUUCUUUUACCAAAUACUACCCAUCGUAUCACCGGGUACACCAGUCUUUCCUCCCCAGAAGAUCUUGAUGACUUCCCCCAAAAAUCUAUCUUUCUAUCUGCUAUUGAACAUAUGAAACAAACUCUUCUUAGUACUACUACCUCUACUCAACCAACUUCUACCCCCACUUCCAAUUCCACCUCCACUCAUCUAAAUACUACCCAUACUCAACUACUCACUAAAACUGCUAAGAAAGCCACUACUGAGAAGUACACCCAAACCUUUACUCUUUCCACGCCUAUAGAUCAUGCCAUUCAUCUUCUCUUCACUCCUAAUCUAGUCUCUUCCUGGAGUGCCGGUCAAAUCCAACCUACUCCUUCUACUGCUAACUCUUUUACCUAUACCCAUCCAGCCUUAAUUAUAUCCCAACUCACUCCACCCCAACUAACCACUCCAACUACUCCAGUAACAAUCACCACUACCGGCCAACUUCAUAACCUUCCCUCUUUCCCUCUUACUAUCACUCUUACUCCAGUCCAAACUACCACCGAGAUAUCCUUUUCCUCUCCUUCUAUCCCCAUUGGUACUUCCAACCGACUAACCGCCCUAUUUACCUCCCUCUACUUCCAACCCCUUCAUCAAGCCUUCCGCAUUCCCUUCACUAACUCCACCCCUAACUAA